UCAAUCACUCUUGAGUGAAUAACACAGUUUUCAUAAAAAUAUAUACCAAAAUGUUGAAAAUUUUUUGCAUUUUAUUAGUUAUUUCAAUAAUUUUUGAAGAUCAAUCAGUAUAUUCCCUUAAACCAAAAGACACUAAAAAAAAGAAAUACGAAUUAAUACCUGGAGUUUUUCAUUCAAAGCUUACAAAUUAUAAAAUUGAAUCAAACAAUAAUAUAAUUGAAGACAAAGGAAAUGGUUUAAUUCAAUGGAAAUCAGAAGUAAAACAAGGAAACGAUAUUGGGAUAUACGCUGAUUUUGGUGGUGAACCAUCUGAGAUUGAAGAUUUAUGUGAUUCGAAAGCUCAAACAAUAUUUCCAAAAAUGAUUAAACAAUUCCUGGGCAUUGAAUUUUGUCCGAUUAAUAAGGAUACACUUUCACUUAUUACAAAUGACUACUCUAGACCAGCAAAAAUAUUAAAGAAUAGCUGUGAAAAACCAAAAGAUUAUACUUUGAAGCUAAUAUCUAAAAAAGAGAAUAAAUUAAUUAUGACCUUAAAUGUAAAAACAGAGGAUAUAAGACUUGAACCCUGCGAGUAAUUUAAGGGUGCGAGUAUAUAAUUGUUCAAAAAUCUUGCUAUAGAUUUUAGAAACUAUCUCCAAUUUAAUGAAUCAUGUAAUAUUUAUGAAUAUUGGAAAUAAACUAUAUAUGCAAAAUA